AUGCCUGAUUUUUGGAACAUUUUGGAAAAGGCAGGGAAGCAAGGGGUGUGCUUGUUUAAUCUCUCAUCCGAUGGAAAGAAAAGACUGUGUUCUUCAUUUGAUAAAGGGGAGUAUGAUCGCAUAUGGAGUUUCUUAGGAGUAGAACCAGUCAACAAUGCAUGGUAUGCCAAGUGCAUCCAGAGUUCUAACCUUGUUGUAGGAGUCAUCGAGGACGUGUAUUUGGAGAUUUUACUAUUUGUUGCCGAGAAUUGGAAGUCAAAAUUUGACAGCACCAAGAUGAAGAACAUACCACUCAUAAAAUAUUUGGGUGUUGAUAAGGAUUUCACCUUAAUGACUAUCAAUAAUGACCGUGAUGUGGAUGUAUAUGACUAUGCAGUUCACCUUAAGACUAUCAAUAAUGACCGGAAGCUCGCCAUUGCCUUUGUUCACUUCUUAUAUCACUCUCUCUCAAAGAGUUAUCUUUUAAAAUAUCAAGUAGAUUAUUUAUGUGGUAUUAUGCCCCUCAUAGAUAACUAUGGCAAUCUAAUCAGACAGAGGAAAGGGGUUCUGGUCCCUGCCAACCGAAGCAAAUGGGCAAUAUUGAUUGGUUCAAAUCCAUGGAAAGGUCAAAGUUAUGUUCAGUUAGGAGAAGAAUACUUGCGCUCGGGUUCUUUUGCAGGUGAAUCUUAUUCUGGAGAACAGCUCUUAGAGUUCCUUAAAACUCAUGUUGCUGCUUUUGAUAUCCCUCAUAUAUCUCCUCCCAAUGUCGCAAUUCCCGCUAUUUCUGCACCUCUCACCAAACAAAAUGCGUUCUUGCUUUUGGAUUGGAUUCAAAACCUGAAAUGUAGGAGAACUCAAAUCCCAGAUAAAUUUUUGGCGAGCAUAAAGGAAGGUAGCUGGCUGAAGAUUACUACCAAUGGAUGCUUGGGUUAUAGGCCACCAUCUCAGUCAUUCAUGCUUACUUCUUCACUAGGAAACAUUUUGCAGAACAGACCAGUGCUUGUUGAUAUUCCAUUGAUUGAUCAAAGUUUCUAUGGUGAUCAAAUAAAUAAAUAUGAGGAGCUAAAGACAAUGGGCGUCAUGCUUGAGUAUGGAGAAGCAUGUGAAUUUAUUGGGAAGCGUCUCGUGUCUCUUCCUGAUUCCUCCACUUUAACUAAAAGCCAAGUGUUCUCUGUUUUGAAUUUCAUCAGGUUUUUUAGGGCCAAUUAUCUUGCACCGGAAAAAUUCAUCAGUACUAUCAUAGAAAGAAUAUGGUUGAGGACAUCCAGAGGUGACAUGUCUCCAGUUGGAUCUGUUUUGUUUGGUCAUGAAUGGAAAGUUGCAUCUCAAAUCAGUAACCUCCCCUUCAUCGGUACAGGUUACUUUGGGGAUGAAAUCCUUUCUUUUAAAGAGGAACUCAGGUCCCUUGGUGUGUUAACUGGCUUCAGUGGAAGUUACAAGCUUGCUGUAGACAACUUAAAAUCACCUUCAUCCUUGUCGUCUUUGACAACAGAGGCUGCUAUAUUCAUACUAGAAUGUAUGCGUCAUUCAGGAAAAUCCAACAAACUCAUCAGGACAUUGAGUGGUGUGAAAUGCUUCAAGACAAAUAUUGGUUACAUGUCUCCAGGAGAAUGUUUCUUGUUUGAGUCUCAAUGGGCUUGCACUCUACAUGUUUUCAACGGUUUCCCACUCAUUGAUCAUGAUUUCUAUGGAGGCAACAUCUUCUCGUACAGAAACGAGUUGCAGCAACUUGGAGUAAAGGUGGAUUUUGAGGAGGCAGCCGAAGUAUUUGCCCAGAGUUUCAAGCAACAAGCGACUUCCAUGACAAAAGAAACUGUUCUAUCCUUUUUGUCAUAUAAGUUUCCUCUAGAUCUUAGGAAAUACGUCUGUGAGGUGACGUGGCUGCGAACUAGGCUUGGUGAUCUCAGAUCUCCAAGCUAUUGCAUUCUGUAUGGUUCAGAUUGGCAAUCAAUUGCCCCAAUUACAUUGCUCCCUUUCAUAGACGAUAGUGACAAGUAUUAUGGCAAGGACAUUCACGAAUACAAGAAAGAGCUGAAAAGUAUAGGGGUUUUCACUGAAUUCAAAGAUGGUGUAAAGUUUAUUGCUGAUGGUCUUUUUUUCCCCAACCCUUCCAUCAUAACUCUUGCAAAUGUGGUUGCCCUGCUGGAAUGCAUCCACAUUUUAUUGCAUGAUCAUGGAGGGAGUUACAAAUUUCCAGAUACUUUCUGCAAAAGAAUCUCUCAAAAAUGGUUGAAGAUGAAUGAUGGUUAUAGGCCUCCAGAUCAGUGCUGCUUGUUCGAUUCUAUGUGGGGCUAUCAUUUGAAGCAUACCGAUGGACCUUUUCUUGAUGAAGGUUUUUAUGGUUCUAACAUUAGAUCAUACAGAAAAGAGCUUAAAGCUAUUCAUGUUACCAUGGGUGUAAAGAAAGGAAGCCCCUUGAUUGCCAGGCACCUUGAUUUCCAUCAUGAAUUUUCCACUAUAGUUCGAAUUUAUAACUACUUGAGUGAUUUAAUUGGGAGCCGGACACUGAAGCAGCCAAAAGGAUUUGGAUCCCAGAUGGAAUUGAGAAUGGAAAGUGGGUCAGCCCCGGAGACUUUGGAAGGUUUGGGAAAGUUCAAACCCCAACUGCCACAUGAAGACUAUUUCAAGUUCUGGGUCUAUGUUUCUGAGCACUGGAGUGGAAAGACUGAGAGAACUCUCACUGAUAGGUUGCAGAAAUUACCAGUUGCUUCAUAUUCAGAUGGAAUUUUGCUGUCCAACAAGCAUGAUGUUUUCAUUGCCGAUGAUCUUCAGCUGAAGGAUCUUUUUGAAAAGACUAUAUCUGAAUCGGUAAAGAAGGAAGAAGCAUCAAUGGUGGAUGAUGCUCAACUCAAUCAGGUGAAUCCAAAGGAUAUGAUUAAGAAAGGGUUGGUUAAGCUCAUCCUCGGUUUUCUAGCAGAUCCUGUGUUGAAGAUGGAAGCAGAGAGGUGA